GUAAGCUCCAACCAUGAGGGGAACUACCUUUUCGUAAACAGACCAAACACAUUAAGCGUUAAAAAUAUAUGUGAUGAUUUUAUAAUGCAUGGAGAUCACCAAGUGCCCACGAAGGAAGAGUUGGACAGAUUAAGGGACCAGUUAAUCAGUACCACUAGCAUGGCUAGUACCCAUCGAGAUGUCAUCCUCACAAAUAAUACAAAUACGUAUGUACUGAAGAGACUUAAUAUAAAAUAUGAAGAAGCAGUCAGGAUGGAUAAUUAUAGCAAGUUUGUAAAAAACAGCAGCUUCGAUAUUAUAGCCAUCGAAGUUAGCUCAGCAGAUGAAAUAAAUUGUGUCGCCAUGAAAUUAGACUGUGACAUCAUAUUUUUCAACAUGAACAAAUCCUUUGCACAAUUGAAAAGAUCCGAUGUGCAGAGUGCACUAGAUAGAGGUAUUUUUUUCGAAAUAUCUUCCCUGACAACACCAAGUGAGGACUCCCAUUAUUAUCACUUAGCUAUAAAUAUAUGUAGCCUGUUUUCGAUCGUGCCCUUUGGUAGAAUCAUCGUUUCUUCAGGGGCGUUCACAGACAUGGAGGUGGUAGAACCGCUCAAUUUACUGCGACUCUUUUUUAACUUCCACAAAAUUUCCUACAAGGACCUAAUCGGGUGCCUCACCACUACGCCGAUUGCCUGUGUGCAGCGGGCCUCCGUGCGCAAGUCCCUCAACACGGCGGUGUUUCAGAGGUAG